AUGGCGAACGCCUGCUCCGAGUGCGCUUCGGGGUUCGUUGAGACGGAGGGAGGCGAGUGCGAGGUGGCUCGGUCGCAGUGCACGGUCGGCAACGCCGUCCGGGCGGUUGUUUCCGUCAUCCUCGCCGUCUUGAUACUCUGCUUCACUCUGGAUGCCUUGUGGAACGGGAAGUCGCCGCCACGCAGGAUCGCCCAGAUGUGGCAAGGGAUCACAGACAGGGGAUCCCAGGAGGACGCCGCUCCGAUGUCCGCAUCGUCGCACGGUCGCUCUUCCAAACACCUUGCCGCCAACGGCGCUGGCGCGCGAACAGCAGGACGGUCGGGGGUCGGGGGGGGGGGGGGGAANGAGGGAAUGAUGCUUCGGGUGGGGACAGCUGCGGACGCGAGGGCUUGGGGCGGUGAGAAUUGUCUGUUUGGCUUUGCUGCAUGCGAGGACAAGGUCGGGUCGGUUUUGUUUUCGUCGCGCGCGAUUCUGCCACCCAUGUCUACAGCCGGAGAAGUAUGGGAAGGAAAUAAGAAGGUAGUGAAAGAACUCGAGGCGGCGCAGAUGAAAGCAGCGAAAAUCAUCCUAGGAUGCUCCAAGCGCACAAGCAAUGCAGCCGUCAGGGCAGAAUUCGGGAUCCAGUCCCUACGAUCGGGAAGAGAAGCGAGGAAGCUGACAUGGCAGUAUCGCAUGUGCGGGAUGGGAGAGGAGAGGUUGCCGAGAAUUGUAUGGGAGGCGAAGUGGGCAAACAAAAAGAGGGGUAGACAACCCACGGAAUGGGUCAAGGUUGUAGAGGACGUAUGGAAGGGGCUCGACAUCGACGAAGAUGAAACGCUGGAAACGGAGGGUCUACAGGGGUUCAAGGAGAAGAUAUCUGUUGCUUGUGCCGAGAGAGAAGAACAUAAUCUAAGGAAAGAAACCAAGCAUAAGGAGGGUCUAGAAGUGUACGGAAUGUUGAAGGAAGGAAUAGGGUU